AUGCCAAAUUUCCUUGUUGCGGAUGGUGACGGUGCUGCGGAAGGUUCUGUGGAUGCGGAUGGGCGAGGCGCAGCGGAUGGUCCUGGCGCUGCGGAUGGUCCUGGCGCAGCUGAUGGUGCUGGUGUUGCGGAUGGGCGGGGCGCAGAGGAUGGUGACGGUGAUGCGGAUGGGCGAGGCGCAUCGGAUGGUCCUGGCACUGCAGACGGUCCUGGCGCAGCGGAUAAUGCUGGUGCAGCGGAUGAUGCUGGUGCUGCGGAUGGCCGGGGCGCAGAGGAGGGUGUUGGUGCACCGUCUGGGCGAGGCGCAGCGGAUGGUCCUGGCGCUGCGAAUGGUCCUGGCACAGUGGAUGAUGCUGGUGCAGCGGAUGAUGCUGGUGAUGCGGAUGGGCGGGGCGCAGAGGAGGGUGACGGUGCUCCGGAUGGGCGAGGCGCAGCGGAUGGUCCUGGCACUGCGGAUGGGCAGGGCGCUGCGGAAGGUGCGGAUGGGCGUCCUGCGCUGCUCUGUCUCUGUCGCGGGCCGCGUCGGCGAGACUGUGAUGCUCGGGCACGCCACCGUGCGUCUGCCGCUUCCGCCACCAGAUUGUUGGCGGUCACGCGUGUCCGGCGUAUUUGCUGA